AUGAAAUAUCAAACUGUAACCAGAACAAUAGAUACACUUGAAAUUGUGCAAAAUGCUAUUUUACGUUCUACUGUUGAUAAUUUUUCUCAAAGAAAAAGCAGAGAACAAUUAGUUGAUGAACAUAAAAGACUAGAUAUUUCAUGUGAUAAGAAUAAAUAUGUUGUUCAUAAUAUCAAUAAACAAGAGAAUUUAACUCUAAACAUUCAACUUCGGAUAUCAAUAUCAAAUUUAAAAGUUGAUAAUGUACCCACUGGAAGAUUCUUAUUAUGUCGAGUGAUUUCCAAAUUCGUAAAAUUAUUUUCCCUUUUAGCUCUUGUGGAAGAUCCAGAGGGUAAUGUUGAAAGACUUGCUUUGUAUAAUUGGACAAAUUUUCCUAAAGAAGGUCAAUCAAAUAUUAAACCUAUCGAUCAAUUAUUUUUACCAAUUGGAACUCUACUUGUCAUCAAGAAUAUAUCUUAUGAAGUUGCCACUAGUAAUAUAACCAUAAUUCGUUCUAAUAACCCUGAUGAUGUCAUCGUCGUCGAUCAUAAUAACAAGUUGUUUGAUGACGUGAAAUGGUCCACGAAUGAAAAGAAAGUCGAGAUAAAGAAUGCCAAUGAUUUCCGUCGUUGUGGGAAUGAUUAUUUUGCUUCAAGUAAUUAUAUUACAGCUAUUGAUAAAUAUUCAAAUGGCAUCAAAUUGGAGCCACAAAAUGUCACUUUACUUAAUAACCGAGCAGAAGCUUACCUUCGAUUGUAUCAAUUUCAUAAUGCUUUUAAGGAUACAGAAAUUGCUCUUAAGUAUGAUCCCAAUAAUUUAAAAGCAGCUUAUCGCAAGGGUAAAGCUCUUUGUGGUCUCAAACAUUAUAAGGAUGCCACUAAUAUACUUCAAAAUUUAUAUCAAAGAAUGAAAGGUAAUACUUCAAUUAAACAAAUUUUGGAACAUACAGAAAUGUUGUCUUAUGAAAAUAAAAAUGGGAAAUAUGAUUAUUUACGUAUCGUUGAUGAAUUCUAUGAGAGGUCUAAAAUUAAAAAGGAUAAUAAGGUUGACCUUGUAGAAGGAAAAGGAAGAGGUUGGAUCGCUAAAUGUGACAUUCCUGAAUGUACUUUGCUGAUGGUCUCUAAAGCAUUUAAAGUAGUUUUUAGUAAUGAAGCUUUUGGAACUAUGAUAACCAAUAAUAAAGGUGCAUGUUCGUGUGCUGAAGAAUUAACUACAUGUAUUACUCGGAAACUUUUUGAAGAACCUUAUUAUUGUCCGGAAGUGUAUCAACUUUAUGAUGGUUUAAAUCUUAGUAGAGAUGAAAAAAAUAAAAUAAUCGGGAAAAGUACAAUACAUAUUGAAUUUAUUAUAUGUGCUCUUGUGCACAAUAUUUUUGGUUUAAAUUAUGAAAAAUUUAAUCUUAAUAAUGAAAUAACCGGUUUAGGACUGUGGAUCUUGCCAUCUUUUUUUAAUCAUGCAUGUAUUGAUGAAAAUACAUACAGUUUUCAUCUUGGUGAUUUGUUAUUCGUUCGAACUAAUCGGCCUAUUUCAAAAGGUGAAGAGCUAGUUAUUAAUUACAGAGAUGCUACCUUUAGCUAUGAGGAACGAUUAAGUUAUCUUGAAUAUAUUAACGUAGAUUGCCAAUGUAGAAUGUGCAAGUUGGAGAGAUCUGAAUCACAAGAAAUUAAACUUAGAAUGGCACAACUCUUGAAAGCUUAUCAUGAAUCAAUUUAUCCUAAAGUAUCAAAAUCACAUAGUGUUGAACUUUCUCAUAUUAAAGAAUUAGAAAAUAUAAUUGCUGAAUUACGUAAUCUUCGAAAAGAACAUCCAGAUCUAGGAUUCAAUACAAUAAAACUUAGCAAAACCCUGGCAUUUGCUUACCUUGAAAUUGGAAAUAAUAAAAAGGCUCUAUCUAUUUUGAAAGAGGCAUAUGAUUUAUAUAAAUCAGUUCGUGUGAGUGAAAUUCGUAUAAUAAUCUUUGAUAUUAUAAUGAUCAAUUCAAAACUCAAGUUGUUUGAAGAAGCUAAGAAAUGGUUUGAUAUUAUAUUGAAAAUAGUUGUAGAACCUAUAAUGGGUAAACUUGAGGAUGAUAAACCUGAAUGGAGAAAAGAAGCAUUGCUUUUGACAGAAAAAAUUCUUCCGAAAAUAAAUUCAAUUGCUGAAACUUUAAAUAUAGUAUAA